ACAUAGACUAAUGUUGUCGGGACUUGGUUCCUAGUUGCUUCGUCUGCACACUUUCUCCAUGUUUCACCUGCCAACUAAACUACUCUGCUUUUUCGGUUUUCCUUUUACUCCUUCCUUUAUUUUUCUUCCAAUCUGCUUUCUCUACUCAUUUAGAGCUUGAAUUGAGUUUGAUUUUUUGAGUUACGGAUAUGAUGUUACAUACGGCUUUUUCAUGGUUUCUUAAACUAGCUUUCAAAUUCCUUCAUCAUUUCGCAUGGCCUCUCCUUGCUCUGGUGUAUCCUCUGUGUGCUUCCAUACAAGCAAUCGAAACUGAUUCUUAUGCAGAAACUAAGAAUUUGAUCUCAUAUUGGAUACUUCUUUCAUUUAUUUAUCUCUUUGAGUAUGCUUUUAUCAACCUUCUACCAUGGUUGAGGGUCUGGCUGUACAUUAAGCUAAUGAUCAUAUUCUUGCUCACCAUACCGGACUUUGGACGAGCUUCUUAUGUUUAUAAUAACGUUAUUCGCCCCAUGAAAUUACAAAUAGUCGUGUGGAGGUUUAGUAACUAUUGGAGGAAGUGUUUUGUGGAGAAAGAUGAGUUUUUAAUGCAUGCUGAGAGAUAUGUGAAAGAAAAUGGAACUCAAGCCUUAGAGAAACUCAUUGCUAGCAAGAACACAAUACCUAGGCUUGAUGCAGAAGUGACAAAUGAAAUCAUAUCUACUGAUAAUAAAGAAAUGCUAAAGACAAAUGGAGAAAGGCUCCAAAUUGAGCACCUAGACUUCAAAGAUAUGGAGGCUAUUGAGAAAAGAGAAACUCCUGCUACCAAGCAAGUAAGAGAAACUCCUGAUGCCAAGCAAGAUAUUCCCGUCAUGCCUAAAGUUGGGCCAAGUCAAAGUACAUCAUCAGCCACAGGAGUAACCAAAGGAACUGUAGAGAGUGGUAGAGCUGGUGGAGAGGUUCCUCAGAGUUCUUCUACACAGAAGGAAAUGCAGAAAGUGUGGAGUUGUGCCUCACCAGCCACAGGGAUAACCAAAGGAACUGCGGAGAGUGACAGAGCUGGUGGAGAGGUUCCUCAGAGUUCUUCUAUACAGAAGGAAAUGCAGAAAGAGUGGACUUGUGCUUUAUGUUUGGUAACAACAUCGAGUGAGAUAACCUUGAAUUCCCACCUCAGUGGAAGGAGACACAGGGCUGCAGCUGAAGCUUUAAUAGCAAAGAAGCAACCUACUCUUCAGAAGCAAAAGGACGCAGAAGUGAAAAAUGAAAUCUUAGCUACGGAUAAUAAACAAAUGGUAAAGACAAAUAGCGAUCAAAGACUCCAAACAGAACACAAAGACAUCAAAGGAAAAAAAGAAAUUCCUGCAACCAAGCAAAGAACCUAUGCUAAUCCUGUGGCAAGUCAAAAAGCAUCAUCAUCAGCCGUAGUAGAAACCAAAGGAACAGCUGAGAGUGCCAGAGCUGGUGGAGAGAUUCCUCAGAGUUCUUCUACUCUGAAGGAAGUGCAGAAAGAGUGGACUUGUGCUUUAUGUUUGGUAACAACAUCGAGCGAGGCAACCUUGUUUUCGCACCUCAAAGGGAAGAAACACAUGGCUAGUUAUGAAGCAGCUUUGAAAGCAAAGAGGCAAACUGCUCUGCAGAAGCUGAAAAUCUAUCAGCCCAAAGAGGAGGUGAAACAGAAGAAUGUUAACAAUAUUUUAAGUUCCAAGGUCAAGAAUGGAGAUGGUAUUGUUAACAAAGAAGAGGAUGUGAAACAGAAGAGUGUUAACAAUGUGUUAAAUUCCAAGGUCAAGAAUGGAGAUGGUAUUGUUAACAAAGUGCUGAAGGUAGUGUUGGAUAAUAAGGUGGAGAAACUACAAAAGAGCAUGUCUGAGCCUGUUGGCAUACAUAAUUCCAAAUUAAUGUGUAGAGUCUGUAAUGCUGUCCUUCAUUGUGAGAACAAUAUUGUCUCUCACUUAAAUGGGAAGAAGCAUUUGGCUAACAUGCAAAGCAAAGUUGAUAGUUUAAAUAACCUUAGGGGCAUUGGCAUUGCAUGAAAUUAAGCUGAAAAGGGGAAUUUGGGUAUGAAGCCUCCUUGACAUUGUUGCAGAGCUUUCUUAAAUGGAAGUACUUUCAUUUUGAGAUUUUAGUGAAACUAAUUUUCAUAAAACUGACAUAAUUUUUUAUUUUAUUUUCGAGAAAAAGACUAGAAGUUG